AUGGCGGAGCCCAACAACUUGACUCUAAAAAUUUACAGAGCUGAAUCAUAUGCUGGUCUUCAGGAAUGUAAAGCAGCCAUAGAAGACUUAAACGCAGUUCUCUGUCAACUUCCAAAUUCGCCUGAGGUCUACUUCAGGAAAGGAAAAGUGCUCCAUGAUGCUGGUUUCCUAGGUGAUGCCUUACAACUCUUUCUUCAGUGUCUGGCCCUGGAUGAAGAUUUCUCCCCUGCAAAGCUGGAAGUAGAAAAGAUUUUGUGUGACUUACUAUCCCCUGAAAACUUAAAAGAAGGCCUAAAAGAAUCUUCUUGGAGUUCAUUACCAAUUACCAAAAGCAAAGCUUUUGGUUUUCCGGCAGUAAUAGAAGAAUCUUACUCUCCUAGUGAGCUUAGUCCAGAGCAGAAUGAAGCCAUUUCAGAGGUCAUUUCAGAGCCUGUCAAAGGAAGCUUAAACCGUGCUCAGUCAGCACAGGCUAUAAAUUCAACAGAAAUGCCUGCCAGAGAGGAUUGUCUAAAGAGAGUUUUCUCAGAACCUUUGCUCUCCGUUCAAGAGAAAGGUGCUCUGCUGAAAAGAAAGCUGUCUCUUGUAGAACAGGAUGUGAUUGUAAAUGAAGAUGGAAGAAGUAAGCUUAAAAAGCAAGGAGACCCUCUCAGUGAAGUCUGUGCGUUAUCAUUAGUGUGUGGUGACGUCCCAGAAGACUUAAUAGAUGUUUCAGAUUUUGAGUGUUCCCUCUGCAUGAGGUUGUUUUUUGAGCCAGUAACAACCCCUUGUGGACAUUCAUUCUGUAAGAAUUGUCUUGAACGUUGUUUGGACCAUACACCGUAUUGCCCGCUUUGCAAAGAGAGCUUGAGAGAGUAUCUAGCAGAUAGGCGGUACUGUGUCACACAGCUGUUGGAAGAAUUAAUAGUGAAGUAUCUGCCUGAUGAGCUGUCCGAGAGAAAAAAAGUACACGAUGAAGAAACUGCUGAACUCGCACACUUGACCAAGAAUGUGCCCAUAUUUGUUUGCACGAUGGCCUACCCCACUGUGCCUUGCCCUCUCCAUGUAUUUGAGCCGAGAUACAGGCUGAUGAUUCGAAGAAGCAUGCAGACAGGGACGAAGCAGUUCGGGAUGUGUGUCAGUGACACACACAACAGUUUUGCAGAUUAUGGUUGUAUGUUACAAAUUAGAAAUGUACAUUUCUUACCUGAUGGAAGGUCUGUGGUUGACACAGUUGGAGGAAAGCGGUUUAGAGUUCUAAAAAGAGGAAUGAAGGACGGAUAUUGCACUGCAGAUAUUGAAUAUCUGGAAGAUGUGAAGGUUGAGAAUGAAGAUGAGGUAACGAAUCUCAGAGAGCUUCACAACCUGGUGUACUCCCAAGCCUGCAGCUGGUUCCAGAAUUUGAGAGAUAGAUUUCGAAGUCAGAUUCUUCAGCACUUUGGAUCAAUGCCCGAGAGGGAAGAUGACCUUCAGGCAACCCCUAAUGGACCUGCGUGGUGCUGGUGGCUGCUCGCAGUUCUUCCCGUCGAUCCCCGGUACCAACUGUCAGUUUUGUCCAUGAAGUCUUUGAGAGAACGGUUGACCAAGAUACAGCAUAUACUGACCUAUUUUUCUAGAGACCAAUCUAAGUAACUAACGGCUUGGAUCUUCCUUUUAAACAGUUACCUUAAUCUGGCUGCACCAACAGCCAGAUUGUCCGCUGCCUUUGCACAUCCAGUGCUGGUUUGAGAAAUGUAAUGAAACUGAUCGUUUCUGUUUGUUUUGUUUUCUUCAACCUCCUGAAUCACGCGGUUCUUCAAACGAAUACCUUCAACUAGGAUUUAGACCACUAAGAACUUGCACAGGAAAAUACGCACUGACCGUGUGUUCAACUUCUACAUCGUGAUGAAGUUGCACUAUGUACCAUCUGCUAAAAUGAAAGGAGAACUCUGUGUGUGUGUGUGUGUGUGUUGUGAGUUGUGUGUGCGUGCGUGAGUGCGUGCGCGCAUUUUCUCUGGCUUUAAAACUUUAAAAGAAGAUUAAAAAAAAAGCCAUAGAGAGCAGAACUUGCCGAGGGUCGUUUAUUGCCCAAGUUUACAACAGUAGCGAUACAAGUUUUUGCAAAUUGAAUUUGCCUCAGAUCUAUCUGUCCUAACGCUUAUAUUUGCACACGUACGUAAAACACGGUAUUGAGUAUCACUAUGUGUUGGAAACCCUGCUCUUGCUGAACGAACUGUGUUGACCAUCGACUAUGACACAAUUUCUUAUUUAUGUAAAUACUUGCGUUCGGUGCCUGACAGGCACUGGACGUGGAACCUAGAGCCAGUUUUCAGGAACACCGACAAACCUGACAUGGUACUGUGCAUCUACUCGUACAACACUUACAACUGUGAAAACCUGGUUUACAUUUACCUGUACAUAAAGCAAAUGGAGAGUUCAGUUCAGUACCCGUUGGUUUGUACCUUUCCAGGGGCUUUCGCAUUACCCGCCCAUCUGUGUAAUUUACAGUUUGACGUGAUAUGUGUGUUCGUAUCUGACAAAUGGCCUAGUGGGAGCCCUUUGAGGACUGGGGGGUGGGGGAGGUGAAGAAGCUGGCGUAGAACUCAGCUUUGAGAGGUCCGUUUUCUGUUUUGUUUGCAGUUCUGGCCGUGGUGCAGAUGUUAGUUAUGCCUUACUCCUAUCACGACCAGAUCACCGUGCCGAGGCAUGGUCUAUUCACGCUGCCCCUAGACACUUUUGUAAUUAUUUGUUGCAAACUUGUGACUGUCUCUAUUAGCUUUCUUUUACGUAAGUCAUUUGUAAAAGUUUCUUACAAAUUUUGCUUUUGCUUAUUUAAUUUUGAAUAAAAGCUAAAUUCAUAAUA